GUGUUGUUAGCCUCAAUGGACGCCGUUGAGCUGUUUAAGAGGCUUGGAGCUGGUGCAAAGUUUAAUUUAAAACGCUUUGGUAAAGAUGCCGAAAGGUUUAAGGUGGUGAGGUCUCAGAAUAAAGAGAUCAGUAACCCUUUGAUGGAAAUUAGCUUCUUUGGCACCAAGACCCAAAAAGAAAAAGCUGCAGAGUCCAGCCAUGAUGGUGAUCAAGAUGACUGUGAUGAACAAGAAGUUUCAGAGGAAGAUCAAUCUGGCAUCAAAGAAAGACGGAAGCGUACCAGUGUGGAUGAAUCGGUGAAUACACAGAAGAAGAAGAAGAAGAAGAGGAAAGGAAAUGAGAGUGAAACGUCAGACAAUUCAGAGAAUGAAACCGAUGACGGUAGUGAGGAAGAGAUAGACGAGAGGCAAAUUCAGUGGAUGUCCUCACAUGACAAGGAAACAAAUGGACCCAAGGCAAAGACCAAAGACAAGCCCUCUGUGAAAAGAUUAAAACAGCUCCACAAAGAGAAGAUCAAUCAAAUAAGGCAUCAGAACAGGAUCAACGUUCAUGGCACAGACAUCCCUGACCCACUUGGCACAUUUGAAGAGCUUCAGCAAGAAUAUGAGCUUGAUCCAAGGAUCAUUCAGAACAUCAAAGCAUCUGGCUUCCAGACACCAACACCCAUUCAAAUGCAGGCCAUCCCACUAAUGAUGCAUAGACGGGAAAUCCUAGCAUGUGCCCCUACAGGAUCGGGUAAAACCAUCGCCUUCUGUCUGCCCCUGCUGGCUCAUCUUCGCCAGCCACUCAACAAGGGUUUCAGGGCACUGAUUGUAGCCCCCACCAGAGAGUUGGCCAGCCAGACACACAGAGAGCUGCUGAAACUUUCUGAACGAGUAGGCUUCAGAGUUCACAUGAUCAAUAAAGGUGGAGAUGCAGCUAAGAAAUAUGGACCCAAGUCAGCCAAGAAGUUUGACAUUCUGGUCACUACACCAAACAGACUUAUCUACCUGCUCAACCAGGACCCACCGGCUGUUGAUCUAAGCAAAGUGGAGUGGCUGGUGGUGGAUGAGGCUGAUAAGCUGUUUGAAGAUGGUAAGACAGGCUUCAGGGAGCAGCUGGCUACAAUCUUCCUGGCCUGUUCCUCUCCCAAGAUUCGUCGAGCUCUGUUCAGUGCCACCUUCACCACAGAGGUUGAGCAGUGGUGUAAACUCAAUCUGGACAAUCUUGUCUCUGUUAACAUUGGACCAAGGAACUCAGCCGUAGAGACAGUAGAGCAAGAACUUUUAUUUGUAGGUGCAGAGAAUGGAAAGCUUCUCGCCAUGAGGGAGCUGAUUAAAAAGGGGUUUCUUCCACCCAUGUUGGUGUUUGUUCAGUCCAUUGAGCGAGUUCGAGAGCUGUUUCAUGAGCUUGUAUACGAGGGCAUCAACGUGGACGUGAUUCAUGCUGAACGCACACAGCAGCAGAGAGAUAACGUGGUAAACAGUUUCCGUGCCGGCAAGAUUUGGGUGCUCAUCUGCACGGCUCUAAUGGCCCGAGGCAUCGACUUUAAAGGAGUCAACCUGGUGGUCAACUACGACUUCCCCACCAGUGCUGUGGAGUACAUUCAUCGCAUAGGCCGCACAGGAAGAGCUGGUCAUAAGGGAAAAGCUGUUACCUUUUUCACAGAGGCUGACAAACCUCUUCUACGCAGCAUUGCUACAGUAAUAAAACAAGCUGGAUGUCCUGUGCCUGAUUACAUGAUUGGAUUUAAGAAACUAAAAAGCAAAGAAAAACGGCGGCUUGAGAAGAAACCACCAAGGAGGUCAACCAUUUGCACAACACCUCGCAUUCUCAUGGAAAAAAACACUGGCAAAGGGAAAAGGCACAAAAGCAAAACCAAGCCCAACAGUACUGGAGACAAUCUGGAGGAGAGUAAUAAGAGCUGAUAUGGUUUGAUCAAUUGUGAACAAAAAAGAUUUGUUUAAUAAAAUAAAGUUUCAAUUAUUAA